GCAGUCAUGGCUUCCAUCUCAUCAUGCACAGCUCCUUCUGCGAGCUCCUUCUUCUCUACCACCCAACCUAUCAACAGCUCUUCUCCUUCCUCAGUGAGACUCUCCUCUUGGUUUCGUGGAACUCAAGUUGUGAAGCUCAGGAUCCAACUCGGACCCUCCAAUGGGUCAAGAGCCACUUGCUGGUUCAAGUUCGGAAAGAACGGUGUCGAUGCUGAGAAUGCUGGAAUCUAUGGCAGCCAAUCACGUGAUGACUUCGACAGAGACGAUGUCGAGCAGUAUUUCAAUUAUAUGGGGAUGCUUGCGGUAGAAGGAACCUAUGAUAAGAUGGAGGCUCUUCUCAACCAAAACAUUCAUCCUGUAGAUAUCCUUCUGAUGUUAGCAGCCUCAGAAGGAGACAAGCCUAAGAUAGAGGAGCUUCUCAGAGCCGGUGCUGACUACACGGUCAAGGACGCUGAUGGAAGAACUGCUCUUGACAGAGCCAUAAGCGAGGAGAUUCGUGAUUUGAUCCUUGGAUCCAUAUCUCAAAAGGCUUGAAAAAAUCUUCACUAGCUUCUUCUUACAGAGAAGGUGAUGUUUGUUUUUGGUACCUUUAGUUGGAUUGAUGUGUUGUUACUUUUAAAGUUUCGGUCCAAAGCCUAAGUGAACUGCAACUUUAAAGUAUAGAUUGAUCCUAUUACCAAAAGCCAAACGUUUUUCUCGUGGCAGAAAUGUGACUGUCCUGGAGUUGUGUUAAGUUAGCAAAUGCUUUGUUUAUGUUUCUAACGAAACGUCACCAUCUCAGUAGAAGUUAUCUGAUGAACAGACCCAAGUUGCUCAAGUAUCUCUAAGUACCUGAUAAAAGUGAUCUCGUUACUUGCUGCUUGACUCUGAUGUAGUCCAUUCAGUAGAAUCAUCGUGCAAUUAUAAUAACAG